AAAAUCCCAUCUCCGACCUCAAUGCAACAACAGAACCUGGAUGAUUCGUCUCUCGUGGACCCUGGUCUAACCCUAAGCCAAUCUUGAUCUUCUUCUCAUACAAACGAAUAUCACUAAAGGAGAUGGAUGAUGAAAAAGACGAAUCCUUAAUCCAGGGUUAAGAUCUUUUUUCGUUUUUCUACAUUUACACAAAUGCCUGCACCGGAUCAAAGGGUCGGAAGCACAUUCAUAUGGCUUAUCACAGUCCUCCUAUUUAUCUCUAUCGCGGCUGGAGGCGGCUGCCUUAUACUAUACAUAAUCCAACCUGAUGCAUCUUAUUCAUCUUGGCUUCCCUUCGCUGGGGCGGCAUUGGUUGGCCUUCCGUGGUUGUUUUGGGUGUUCACGUGCUGCUAUCGAUGCAUGUCCCGUAGAUUUGGAUUUAGGAGUGGCAGCGCUGCUGGUGGAGGAGUUGGUGUCAGCGGUAGUGCACGUGAAGGAGGCAGCAUUACAGGUAGUGUUGGCGGUGGUGGCGGCGGUGGUGGUGGUGGUGGUUCUAAUGUUGUGAAUGCAGCUGGUAAUGUGGCCAAUGAGGCUGGUUCCGUAGACCCAAUUGUGAGAUCUCCAGAAAGUGAUGCAAGAAGGCGUGCUCAAUUUGAAGCUAUCCUAGCAUUGGACGAUGAUGAUGAUCACGAUAGCGAAGAAAGGAAGCCUAAAAAGAGAAGUUCAACGUCGAGCCAUGAAAUGUCUGUGGCUUCACAUGAGAGUGAAAUGCCAUUGGCCUCAUCAAUGGCACCUUGAUCGCAUAUGGGUAAGCAAUAUAU